GCACACACCUACACUCACACACACUCCACAUCUUGAUUCUGUUCUCAGGACUUUCCCUCGGGGGUGUGACCAAAGGUUAUUAUUAGUGUCUGUCUCAACCGUCUUUCUCUCUCUCAAUCUCCUGUAUCCUUCUCAUAUCUCUCCUUCCCUAUCUACUUUCUCCUCUGUCUGUCUCUUUGCUUCUCUGUUCUGUCUUCAUCGGUUCAUCUAAUCUGUCUUUUUCUCUCAUCUUGUUUCAUUUGUACUUCACUCUCUUACUUUUGUCUCUUCUCUGCCACUCUAUUUUUCUUCUUGCUGUUUUCUCUUCCCUCUGUUUACUUUUGUCUGUUCUGUCUUCCUCUGCACUGCUUUUUGCUCUGUCAUUAGUUUCUGUCUCCUCUCUUCAGUCAUCUUUCCUUUUUUUUCCUUUUGUGGACUUUAUCCUCCCUUCUUCGCUGUCUUCUUUACCUACGCUGUAUCUUCCUCUCCCCUCUUUUCCCUUAUCUUCUUAAUUCCCUCUCUCUGUUCUGAGUUAUGGGGAAGACAGAGUUGUACUCUGUGUAUAAGAACUUUCUGGACUGUCUCUGCCUCUCUCGGAGCAGCAGUGAGGGGCCAGGGAAGAACGAGAAGGCCCCUGAUGAUGGUCACCUGGCCUACCAGAAUGGAGACGUUCUACAAGAGAGAUAUGAGGUUAUCAGUCUGUUGGGAGAGGGCACCUUUGGGAAGGUGGUGACGUGUGUGGACCGGCGCAGGGCUGGGGCACGUGUAGCUCUGAAGAUCAUUAAGAACAUGGAGAAGUACAGACAAGCUGCUAAACUGGAGAUCAAUGUCCUGGAGAAAAUCAAUGAGAAAGACCCACACAACAAACAUCAAUGUGUUCAGAUGCUGGACUGGUUUGACUACCAUGGUCAUGUGUGUAUAUCCAUGGAGCUGCUAGCCCUCAGCACUUUUGACUUCCUGAAGGAGAACAACUUCCUGCCGUACUGUAUGGAUCACAUCCGCCAGAUGGCCUACCAGAUCUGCCUCGCUGUCAACUUUCUCCAUAUCAACAAGCUGACCCACACUGACCUCAAACCUGAGAACAUCCUGUUUGUCAACUCUGACUACACCAUCACUUACAACGCUGAGAAGCGGGAUGAGAGGAAAGUGAAGGAUACAACAGUAAGGCUGGUGGAUUUUGGCAGUGCCACGUUUGACCACGAACACCACAGCACCAUCAUAUCUACACGCCACUACCGCGCUCCUGAAGUUAUUCUGGAGCUGGGCUGGAGUCAUCCGUGUGAUGUCUGGAGUAUCGGCUGCAUCCUGUUUGAGUACUAUGAAGGCUUCACCCUAUAUCAGACCCAUGACAACCAGGAGCACCUGGCCAUGAUGGAGAGAGUACGGGGACCUCUCCCCUCUACGAUGAUCUGCAAGACCAGGAAGCAGAAGUAUUUUCACUGCAGGCGUCUAGACUGGAACGAUAACUCCAAGGCAGGACGAUACGUCAAAGACCACAUUAAACCUCUAUGGAGAUACCGGUUAUCAGAAGCUAAGGAGCAUCAUCAGUUCUUUGACCUGUUGGAGAAGAUGCUGGAGUACGAGCCCUCCAAACGCCUCUCUCUCUCCUCCGCCCUCCUCCAUCCCUUCUUCCUACCACUCCGUAGGGGCAGCAAGGCCUGGGAGAGCACCCGGAACAUCUGCCGAUGACCACUGACCUUUAACCCUUGACAUGGAUGCGAGGAAGGACAGCCCAACCAUGUCAUACAACGUGCCGUUGUAAUGUGUCAGGAAGUCGUGCUUUGUGACAAACUGGUGUCCGGAAUCCCUGUGUAUUAUGAGGGAAAUAGGCUAAUCUGACCUCAGAAUCCCUGUGUAUUAUGAGGGAAAUAGGCUAAUCUGACCUCAGAAUCCCUGUGUAUUAUGAGGGAAAUAGGCUAAUCUGACCUCAGUGUCUGGGGCAAAUGUAUCCUUCUCCACCUUUAACAUAAAACAUGGAAUGGAGAGAGUCUGUCACUUCCCUUUAGGGUUUGAUUCAGUGGAGGCUGCAGAGGGGAGGACAGGCUCAUAAUAAUGUCUGGAACGGAGUGAAUGGAAUGGCAUCAAACCAGGUGUUUGAUGUAUUUGAUAUCAUUCUACUCAUUUUGCUCCAUCCCUCCUCCCCUCCAUCUCCUCCCCUCCCCUCAUUUUGCUCCUCCCUAAUUAUGGUGCAACCAAUCUCCUGUGGUUUGAUUGGCAGUGUCCUUAUGCUGAUUGACAGCUUCGCUGCACAGUGGAGGCGGGCCUAGUGGCAGUGAUACAUGCAUUAUGUAUGUAGAGCACGCUGUUUUAACUGCAGCAUAACAUUACACACACACACACACACACACACACACACACACACACACACACACACACUCUCUCUCUCUAUCUAUUACAGUUUUAUUUUUGUAACGCUGUAACUGGAGAUUGUUGUUGACACUUUUGUUUAUGAGCUGUAUAAACUGUUUAUUAAUCUAUAAUAAUGUUGCAUUUGCACAGAUGGGCUCAUUGCUCCCUACAAAACACACACACACACACACACACACACACACACACACACACACACACACACACACACACACACACACACACACAGCAUUUCUUUUUGUAACACCAACUGGAGAUAUUGGUGGAAUGACUUGAAUAAACGAUUUAUUGAUGGUGCUAUAAUAAUAUGAA